GUCUCGCCAUGUCUCGGGAUUACGUUGGAUAUCCUGUAAUGUAGAAGACCUUGUGCAUAAGGUCGAAAGGGUUUUUGGUUCAAAAAGUCGUUAUACAUGUUUCAGUUUUAAUAUUAAAAGUCGUUUGCACCGCUACAGGAACUUUAAUUUAUUUUCUUAAAUACGACUUGAUUUCUCUACGUAUCUAUUCCAUAUUUAACCUCGCUUUCUGGGCGAUUAGAUCGACGUAUAAACAUGGCGACUUCCACAGGCGGUGUGGUUGUUCCACGUAAUUUCCGUCUGCUUGAAGAAUUGGAACAGGGGCAGAAAGGCGUUGGUGAUGGAACUAUAAGUUGGGGACUUGAGAAUGAUGAUGAUAUGACCCUAACACAUUGGACUGGAAUGAUAAUUGGACCCCCUAGGACUCCAUAUGAAAACAGAAUGUACAGUCUAAAGAUUGAAUGUGGGCAAAGAUAUCCUGAUGAAAGUCCAAGUGCUAAGUUUAUUUCUAGGAUCAAUAUGAAUUGUGUCAACACUACCAAUGGCAUGGUGGAUAAUAGAGCUGUCCCGGUGCUGGCGAGAUGGCAGCGUGAUUACACAAUUAAGACUGUUUUACAAGAGCUGCGAAGGAUUAUGACAUUGAAAGAGAAUAUGAAACUCUCUCAGCCACCUGAGGGAAGUUCAUUUUAGCAAUGAAGCGUCAACUGUCAGAGCAGUUUGUCCACACCUCUGCCUCUUGGGAGACAGGGGUUAAUGAAUAUUCACUUCAGUCUUAAUAGGAGUGAUGCAUUGGAUUCCUCUUAAUAUAAAAGAUUAAGACAAAUUUAAAAAUGCAGCCAUAAUUUGGAAUGAUGUUUUUGUAUGAAUAGCCUUGUCAGCACUGCACAUACAUUCAGACUUGGUAAUAUUAAUCAUAUUUGGAGAGAUACGAGUAACAUUGAAUUGCUAACUUUUAAUUUACAAAACAAUUACUGAGAAGUGCUAUUCUAGUUAUGUUCACCAUUUGACAGUAAACAUGCAAUUGAACACAAUGAAGGAGUAGAGGAGUAACCUUAUGGUUGCAAAACAAUAUUCACUUAUUAUGGAAAUUGUAAAAACUAAGUGCUAGUUUGUAAAUGUUUUAUUUAGUAUGUUUUAAUUGCUAGCAUCCAUAAUUUGCACUGAAUUUCUUAAAUUACGAAGUGUUAUUUUGAGUACAACUUAACGAAGUGAAUUACCAAGAGUGCCAGUUAUGAUAAAUUUUGUAUGAGGAUGUUAUAUUAUUUGAAGUUUGUGAAGCUAGCUUGUAACUGCAUGAAGUGUUAUUGCUAAUCUCUCUGGAUAUGACUGGAAAAGAAUUUAUUAUACAUUGAAAAUAAGUCAGUCUCAGUUGUUUGGCUUCUGUACUUCUUUUGCCAUGUUUCUCCUGUUGUUUGUCAGCCCAUAUUGUAAAAGGAAAACAUUUUUAUGGGGAUGUCUUCAGAUAAUUUGUGUUGCUUUUAUUCCCCUAAGUAUGUCAUUGUUCUUGAUCCAAGUGGAAGAUUUUUAACUUCUUCUGAUUGAGCUUUAGGAAGAGAACAGUGAUUAACAAGGCUCUGGUAAUGUGGCAGUCAUUAGUUUUUUUUAAGGUAAAGGUGAAAUAAAACAAGUUUACUACUAUGAAAACCCUGUGACAGCAUUUUUAAAACAAAGAUAUUGCUAUUUGCACCAAUAAUGUUUUAAUAAUUUGUUAUAUGCUAGCAUGUUCUUUGGCUAGCUAGGUAACCGUUAAUUGCUGUGUGGAUGUGAUUUUCUUUUGCCAAGUAAUUUUGGUUCUGGCAGAAAAUUGGCACUGUCGAGGGUUCAUCAGUAUCAGCAUCAGUGCAAUAAACUAACAUUUGUGGGAUUUGGUUGAUUAAGUCCUUUUUCAGAUCUAAUGUUUCAAAUAGACAGGAACUAUAUGAUUUUGGAAGUUGUAAUGAGUAAUUAUUAAUCUUAUUAUUGGUGUAUGAAAAUAUAAGAAUGUAGAAUAAGAAGUGAAAUUUAGGUUUCAGAGAGGUGAGCUGACAUUGCUGACAGUUUUAACAGCUAUAUCAGUGAUUUCUGCCCACACACACGCUUGAUUGCUGUGCCAGUUUCCAGUCUAGUUUGGUAGUGUAGAAGAUAAUGUGGGUCAUUUCCUGUUGAAAUGCCUAUUUUGUUUCCUUUGUUUUGUUUUACUCUUGAACUGUUCUUCAAAUGUAGCCAGAGCAGUGUCUGGCAUUGGUUAUACUUUGUAUGCAGUGACCGGAAUGCACGUCUGGACUUCCCACUCUAGAAGUACUGAAUGCUGCUUCCACCCCCACCCCUGAGGUAUUACUGAAACGUCCAGAGGUGAAUAAAUGACUGAAGGUGUUACUUCUGUGUAUAAGAAGGAUAAUGAGUCAGCUUGUCUGUUGCUUAUUUAUAGUUUUUGCAUUUCUGGAAGAAUUUGUGUAAUUUUAGGGCAUAAUUUUAUUAUGAACUGGGUUCCCAUAUUUAUUUUGAUAAUUCUGCACAUCUUGGUUCCUUGAAAGAUUGUGUAAUGUAAUGUAAUGUAGAUGUGUAGGGGUAAGUGGUGUUUGGUGACAUCUGCUCCUCUUCAAAACUGGCUUGAUUUUACAUUACUGUAAAAAUGAUCCUAGGGGCUGAGCUUAAAACAACAUGUUUUCACAAAAUGUAUGAUAAAUGCUUGUAAAGUUGUUGAGCAUUCUUAAAUUUGAAUCUGAAACUAUAACACGAAACAAAAUUACUUCCACUGCACUCCCAGUAUAUAAUUAAAAAAUGUGUAAGUUGCAUUGUUUUAUAUCUGACAGUUGAAACUUGUAACACCAUUCUGUUCUUUUAUUGGAAAGAGGUCCAGGGAUAAUUCGAAUGAAGACAAGUUGUUUUGCUAUAAAAUUCUUGUGUUCCUUUACAUUACACUAAUGCACAUAUUUCUUCUCAUUGUAGUCUCCUUAGUACACAUCUUCCAUCUGUAGAUCAGAACCACGAUGCCAUUGUGCAAAAAUGUUUUGGUUAGCCACAGCUGGUUUUACACUGCAUACUGCACCUCGUCAGUACAUAAGUGGAUUUCACUGAGUUGAACUUUUAAGGGUCCAAAAAGAUGAUAGUUAUCUGGAGCAAGGUGUCAUGAGUAAGGCAAGUGAGAGAUACUUCUGUGGACUAUGAUUGUUGUAGCAUUCACCUGAGACAAAUCUAGAUAUGCAUUACCAUGCUGCAAGCAGAUUACCAUGGACAGCAGUUUAUCUAAUUUUCUCCCAAUGACUGGCUUCAGAUUCUCCAUUAUAAACAUGCAGUGCACUUGUUAUUGCACAGCUCUUCUGCAGGAAGUGUGUCAGUGUAAUAUUGUUCAUGUCCAAAGAAACAUCAACAUACCUUUCGAGCUGAUGGGGCUACUCAUAAUUUUUGGGCUCCAGUGAUGAAGAAUGAGGCCACCCUUUGCUAACUCAUGUGGUCUUCAUCAUGAAGUGGUGUACCCAUGAACCAUUGCUUGUCGCAGUCAAUCCCAAAAAAUUAUUGCCUUCUGCUUCAUGGUGAGCCAGCAAAGCCUUGCAUGUAUUGAAGCACAUCUGUUUCAUAUUUCAACUGAUGUGGAACCCAACAUGCAUAAUCUUUGUUAAAUAUCAGCUCAUUAUGGACUGAACAAAUACCCACUGGCAACAUCACAGUGAGGUUAAUCAAAAGUUAUUCAGCAGUUCUGAUUUAAGAAUUUUGCUUCCAACAUAAUGUUAGCUUUAAACAACUGCACUCCCUUGUGGACAUGAUAUUGAGAUGAGUAUGCCAUCAUUUGUGGCCUCCAUUGAUAAAUAUUUGCUGAUAUGUCUCCUUCAGCUGCCAAAAAUCAAGCAAAUCUAUGCAUCUCUACUUAGUAUGUAUUUUCACACAAAGUACCAUUUUUGAAUUGUAACUUCAUGUUUGUAAUCAUGCUUAUGUCAGCUAUAAUGAAUGUGUAGAGACUGUUAAAAAAUAAACAUCUUGUAGCUUGAAAGUGUGUUGGAGUAAAACAGUUGUUUUCAGUUGAAUUACCCUCAUGCAUUUACCAGUUUCAGUUGUUGCUAGGAAGUUGGUGGACUAUAAUAUUUUCAAUAUCACAUUAAUUCUUUCACAUUGUGUGUAUGAAAUUGAAACGUAAAUCAUGAUAUUAUGGCAUACUGUCAGGCUCUUUAAUUGUAGUGAAUUCAUAGAUUUGUUUACCACAGUUAAUGCAAAAUUUAUAUGGACAUUAUGAAAACCAUGCAGAUUAGUUUGUCAUAAAAUUUAAAAUUAAUUGUGACAGCAUUCUAUAUGAAUAAAAAAUGUCAUAAAGGUG